CAUAGUACAAAUGGGUUCUGGAAGUCUGUGGCCCGUCAUAUCCCCAGGGAGCCCAGUGAGAUGAGGAUCCUUAACCCUUACUUCAUCCAGGAGGCUGCCUUCAGGUUCAUUGGCCUGCCACACAACAACGGAAAGAUGGGGAGAGGGGUGAGAGACUGGGAAACUAACUGAUCGAAACAUAAUGCCAUCAACUGCAAGAAUCAGGCUCUGGUUUUAUACAGUUAACAACUAGUCAUUUACAUAAAUAGCCUACAGAAUAUGUGUUAUCAGGAUACUCAAGGAAGUUAAAUGGCAUUCCAAGAAAUUAAAUAUAAAGAAUAAUCCACUCCACAAAUGUCUUGUUAACAAACUAUAGUUUUGGCAAGUCGGUUAGGACAUCUACUUUGUGCAUGACACAAGUACAUUUUCCAACAAUUGUUUACAAACAGAUUAUUUGUAAUUCACUGUAUCACAAUUCCAGUGGGUCAGAAGUUUACAUACACUAAGUUGACUGUGUCUUUAAACAGCUUGGACAAUUCCAGAAAAUGAUGUCAUGGCUUUAGAAGCUUCUGAUAGGCUAAUUGACAUAAUUUGAGUCAAUUGGAGGUGUACCUGUGGAUGUAUUUCAAGGCCUACCUUCAAACUCAGUGCCUCUUUGCUUGACAUCAUGGGAAAAUCAAAAGCAAUCAGCCAAGACCUCAGAAAAAAAUUGUAGACCUCCACAAGUCUGGUUCAUCCUUGGGAGCAAUUUCCAAACGCCUGAAGGUACCAAGUUCAUCUGUACAAACAAUAGUACGCAAGUAUAAACACCAUGGGACCACGCAGCCGUCAUACCACUCAGGAAGGAGACGCGUUCUGUCUCCUACAGAUGAACGUACUUUGGUGUGAAAAGUGCAAAUCAAUCCCAGAACAACAGCAAAGGACCUUGUGAAGAUGCUGGAGGAAACCGGUACAAAAGUAUCUAUAUUCACAGUAAAACGAGUCCUAUAUCGACAUAACCUGAAAGGCCGCUCAGCAAGGAAGAAGCCACUGCUCCAAAACCGCCAUAAAAAAGCCAGACUAUGGUUUGCAACUGCACAUGGGGACAGAUAUUGUACUUUUUGGAGAAAUGUCCUCUGGUCUGAUGAAACAAAAAUAGAACUGUUUGGCCAUAAUGACCGUCGUUAUGUUUGGAGGAAAAAGGCAGAAGAACACCAUCCCAACCGUGAAGCACGGGGGUGGCAGCAUCAUGCUGUGGGGGUGCUUUGCUGCAGGAGAGACUGGUGCACUUCACAAAAUAGAUGGCAUCAUGAGGAAGGAAAAUGAUGUGAAUAUAUUGAAGCAACAUCUCAAGACAUCAGUCAGGAAGUUAAAGCUUAGUCGCAAAUGGGUCUACCAAAUGGACCAUGACCCCAAGCAUACUUCCAAAGUUGUGGUAAAAUGGCUUAAGGACAACAAAGUCAAGGUAUUGGAGUGGCCAUCACAAAGCCCUGACCUCAAUCCUAUAGAACAUUUGUGGGCAGAACUGAAAAAGUGUGUGCGAGCAAGGAGGCCUACAAACCUGACUCAGUUACACCAGCUCUGUCAGGAGGAAUGGGCCAAAAAUCACCCAACUUAUUGUGGAAAGCUUGUGGAAGGCUACCUGAAACGUUUGACCCAAGUUAAACAAUUUAAAGGCAAUGCAACCAAAUACUAAUUGAGUGUAUGUAAACUUCUGACCCACUGGGAAUGUGAUGAAAGAAAUAAAGCUGAAAUAAAUAAUUCUCUCUACUAUUAUUCUGACAUUUCACAUUCUUAAAAUAAAGUGGUGAUCCUAACUGACCUAAGACAGGGAAUUUUUACUAGGAUUAAAUGUCAGGAAUUGUGAAAAACUGAGUUUAAAUGUAUUUGGCUAAGUUGUAUGUAGACUUCCGAAGUCAACUGUAUGCUAUUGGAAGAAUAAUAAUUAGGUUGUGUUUAUAAAGGUAACAUUAGAAAACGAAAAAACAAUUAUUUCAAAAAACAUUAUAGCAUUUUCAUUAGUUUAUGUUACUCCAGGCUUUAAGUAAAAACGAAAAACCACUAUUUCAAGUCCAUCACAGUAGCCAGAACAAUGCUGCCAUGUGAGUGGUCAUGUGCUGAAAGCAUGGACAGCGCAGAUAUUAUUGGAAAAAGUUACAUUUGGAAAUAGCUGCACCUCUUGAAUUUUGAGAGUUAUUUGACAAAGGUAAGUGUUAUAGAAACUGCAGAAUAUGCUCUUUCUGAUACUAUAUAUAAAUCAAAAUGUUUUACCUGCAUGACUCUGAAGGAGGAUUUGAUAAAGUGAUGCUCCUUUCCCUACAUCUGUCAAUUACAAGAUGUACAAUUUGACAACUGAUAAUGCUGUCACUCAUCAGACUAUUGUCAAUUUAAUAUUGUCUAUAGGCUAGCUCUUAUUAUGUUUGAAAUUAGUUUCCAUAUAGUUAAGGUGUAGUUUCGAUGGGCUGGCUGUGCAGACUGACUGGCAUCGUUUGUUUCCCCUUGCUCAUCAACAUGGAUAGAGUCAAGGAUAUAUUUGGCAUUAUUCUAAAGACCUACUGCAACACGUAGCAUGAUUUCGUUUCCCGUACAAUAAAUGUUAUUACUAAUAGCGUUAUAGUAAAUAAAACAGUCCCGUAACAUCUUAAUUUUACAAAGUAAAACGUAAGAGAAUGAUAUCAACCCGCAAGAGGCGCGGUCAAAUUAUUAACAUGAGUGCCAACGAUAAUAAAUAGGCAUAUCACAAACUCAUCAUUACACGUUUGUUGUUCUAAAUUAAAUCAACCUCUUCACCCUCCUUAUCAUUCAGUUAGGCCUAAUUUAAAUUCGAUUGUGAAGUAAUGUGCAGAAUUAUCGCCCAUUCAUCCAUUUGUCAUUCAUUCAGUGAGGAGAGAGAGAGAGACUCAUUAGCGCCUGGCUGGGUACCAACGUCCUACAGCGCAUUGUCUUGGCGGGUUAAGUUGGGAAUAGGUGUGAUGAAAACAGGUAUGAAAAUGUAUGCACUCACUAACUGUAAGUCGCUCUGGAUAAGAGCGUCUGCUAAAUGACUCAAAUGUUUUAAAAAAUGUAAUGUAAAUGUAAAAAGGCUCUAAAUACUUUUCUGUUUCAGCAUGAAAAAUGUAUGCACUCACUAACUGUAAGUCGCUCUGGAUAAGAGCGUCUCCUAAAUGACUAAAAUGUUUAAAAAAAUGUAAUGUAAAUGUAAAAAGGCUCUAAAUACUUUUCUGUUUCAGCAUGAAAAAUGUAUGCACUCACUAACUGUAAGUCGCUCUGGAUAAGAGCGUCUGCUAAAUGACUCAAAUGUAAAUGUAAAAAAAUUCAUAUUUCUGACAAAUUAGUAAUGCAAAAUACAAACAUUUAGGAAAAGAGCAGGACAUAGCUUUUUUUAAAUCAAUUUUUUUUACUUUUUACCCCAUUUUCUCCCCAAUUUCGUGAUAUCCAAUUGGUAGUUACAAUCUUAUCCCAUCGCUGCAACUCCUGUAUGGACUCGGGAGAGGCGAAGGUCGAGAGACAUGCGUCCUCCGAAACACGACCCAGCCAAGCCGCACUGCUUCUCGACACACUGCUUGCUUAACCCGGAAGCCAGCCGCACCAAUGUGUCAGAGGAAACACUGUACAACUGGCGACCUUGUCAGCGUGCAUGUGCCCAGCUUGCCACAGGAAUCGCUAGAGCGCAAUGGGACAAGGACAUCCCGGCCGACCAAACCCUCCCCUAACCCUGGACGACGCUGGGCCAAUUGUGGGCCGCCUCAUGGGUCUCCUGGUCGCGGCUGGCUGCGACACAGCCCGGGAUCAAACCCAGAUCUGUAGUGACGCCUCAAGCACUGCAAUGCAGUUCCUUAGACUGCUGCGCCACUCAGGAGGCCCCGACAUUGCUUUUUUGGGGGGUGAUAUUUUAAAAUGACAAAAUCAAACGUCAGGCUAACGGCCACUAUGGCCUCUCAAAGCACUUCAUGAUGACAGAAGUGAGUGCUACGGGGCGAUAAUCAUUUAGUUCAGUUACCUUCGCUUUCUUGGGUACAGGAACAAUGGUGGACAUCUUGAAGCAAGUGGGGACAACAGACUGGGAUACGGAGAGAUUAAAUAUGUCCAUAAACUCUCUAGCCAGCUGGUCUGCAUAUGCUCUGAGCGUCUGGGCCGGCAGCCUUACGAGGGUUAACGCACUUAAAUGUGUUACUCUCGUCAGCCACGGAGAACGAGCACUCAGUCUCCACUUGCGACUCCACUUUGUCUCUGUACUGACGAUUUGCCGAAGGGAGGGCGGGGGUGGGCCUUGUAGCCGUCCCCGAAGGGGGAGUAGCAAUGGUCAAGAAUUCUUGAUGAGCAAGUGGCGCAGGUGAUGUGUUAAAACUUAGGUAGCAUUUUCCUCAGAUUUGCUUUAUUAAAGUCCCCAGCUACAUUAAAUGCGGCCUCAGGAUAUGCGGUUUCCAGUUUGCACAAAGUCCAGUGUAGUUCCUUGAGGGCAGUCGCGGUGUUGGCUUGAGGGGGAAUAUACACGGCUGUGACGAUGACCCAAGAUAAUUAUCUCGGGAGGUAAUGUGGUGGCCAUUUGAUAGUGAGGUAUUCCAGAUCGGGAGAACAAAAGGACAUGAGUUCCUGAAUGUUACCACAAUCACACGAGUAGUUAAUCAUGAAACAUACACCUCCACCUUUCUUUUUCCCAGAGAGUUCUUUCUUACUGUCCACACGAUGUAAGGAGAACCCAGCUGACUGUAUGGAUGGGGACAGUAUAUCCAUAGAGAGCCAUGAUUCCAUGAAACAGAGUAUGUUAUAGUCCCUGAUGUCUCGCUGGAAGGAGAUCCUCGCCCUGUUCCGGUCUACUUUAUUGUCCAUGGACUGAACAUUAGUGAGUAAUAUACUUGGAAGCAGUGGAUGGUAUACAACUAAAAGCACACUCCGUAUUCCUCUUCUCCUUCGGUGGCGUCUUGGAGCAGCCCCUGGGAUGAGUGGAAAUGCCUUGGGAGGUACGAACAAAGAAUCAGGAAAGUCUAAUUUAUGGUCGAAAUGCUAGUUAGUGACCGGGUGAUAUAAUAUCCAAAAGUUAUUUUCGGCUGUAGGUAAUAAUGCAAGAAAUGUUCUGAGCAAAUAAUGUAAGAAAUAACACACAAAAAAACGAAGUACUGCAAAGUUGGCUAGGAGCUAGGACCUGGGCGACCAUGUCUGUCGGCACCAUCUUGUCGAAUCUUGACUCAGCUGUGACUAAAGUCUUUCAAAUAGUUCCAUGACUUCUGUUUUGGUAACCUUUUUACAUUUUCACAUUUCUUCUUUGUUAGCCCAUGUUCUAUUAACCUCCAGUAGUUCUAAUAGGCUACUUUACUCACUGUCCUGUUUCAGGGAACAUUUGUCUUCUCUUCUGUGUUUUCCAGAAUAUUCCGACACUGGGGACUGUUGCCAUAACAAUGGCCCUCCAUAACUGUGAUGAGGUAGACGUGGCUGGAUUUGGUUAUGACAUGAGUACCCCCCACGCCCCCCUACACUACUAUGAGAAGAUCAAGAUGGCGGCCAUCAAACAGGUACCAGUGACGUGA